AUGAAAAGAAUUUUGUUUCUCUCAAUUUUUUACUUAGAAAAGGGUCCCAAUCUGCUAGAACUGAUAACUUCUAUACUUUUACGAUUUCGAUUGAAAAGAUACGGAGUAACAGCUGAUAUACGUCAAGUGUUUUUGCAGAUAAAUUUGAAUCCACAAGAUAAAGAUUAUUUGAGGUUCUUGUGGUAUGAAGAUGGCGAUCCAAAUAACUUAGUGAUCUACAGACAUUGUAGAGAACCAUUUGGAGUAACUUCAAGAACUUUUUUAUUAGGUACUACUAUAGCAUAUUACUUGGACAAUGUGGAGGAGGAAAGUCAAGAAACAGCUAGGAAAUUGAAAGAAUCAUUUUACGUCGAUAAUUGCGUGACCAGUUUCGAUAGUUUUGAGAUCAAGAAGUGCCAGAGAAUAUUUCGAAGAAGUUUAUCAAUUUGGCAAAACGGAUAA